CACGAGCUCACAUAUAAGCCCGCACUUCACAGGCCUUCAUUGCAGUGUAGCUCAAACACUAAACUCCGCAGGAGUGUUGCCUUCCGGCGAGAGUCUUCACAAGUCGUGAACCCCCAUUCAUACAGAAAAUGGAAGAAGAAAUUGCUGCCCUCGUUAUUGACAAUGGAUCUGGUAUGUGCAAAGCUGGGUUUGCUGGGGAUGACGCUCCUCGUGCCGUCUUCCCCUCCAUCGUUGGCCGCCCCCGGCAUCAGGGUGUGAUGGUUGGUAUGGGCCAGAAAGACAGCUAUGUUGGUGAUGAAGCACAGAGCAAAAGAGGAAUCCUUACCCUCAAAUACCCCAUUGAGCAUGGUAUUGUAACCAACUGGGACGACAUGGAGAAGAUCUGGCAUCACACCUUCUACAAUGAGCUCAGAGUUGCCCCUGAGGAGCAUCCAGUCCUGCUGACUGAGGCCCCCCUAAACCCAAAGGCUAACAGAGAAAAGAUGACGCAGAUCAUGUUUGAGACCUUCAACACUCCUGCCAUGUACGUGGCCAUCCAGGCUGUGCUCUCCCUGUACGCCUCUGGACGCACCACCGGAAUCGUCAUGGAUUCUGGUGACGGUGUGACCCACACAGUACCCAUCUAUGAAGGCUACGCUCUGCCCCAUGCCAUUCUGAGGCUGGACCUGGCUGGGAGAGACCUCACAGACUACCUCAUGAAAAUCCUGACUGAGAGGGGUUACAGCUUCACUACCACAGCUGAGCGUGAGAUUGUGCGUGACAUUAAGGAGAAGUUGUGUUAUGUUGCACUGGACUUUGAGCAGGAGAUGGGAACUGCUGCAUCUUCAUCCUCACUAGAGAAGAGCUACGAACUGCCAGACGGCCAGGUCAUCACUAUUGGAAACGAGCGGUUCCGUUGUCCAGAGGCGCUCUUCCAGCCUUCUUUCCUUGGUAUGGAGUCUUGUGGUAUCCAUGAAACUACCUUUAACAGCAUCAUGAAGUGUGAUGUUGAUAUCCGUAAGGACUUGUAUGCCAACACUGUGCUGUCUGGCGGUACCACCAUGUACCCUGGCAUUGCUGACCGCAUGCAGAAAGAGAUCACUGCCUUGGCCCCCACUACAAUGAAGAUUAAGAUUAUCGCACCUCCAGAGAGGAAGUACUCUGUAUGGAUUGGCGGCUCCAUCCUGGCUUCCCUGUCAACCUUCCAACAGAUGUGGAUCAGCAAGCAGGAAUAUGACGAGUCUGGCCCCAGCAUCGUCCACAGAAAAUGCUUCUAAAGAGACUUUGCCCUCCCCUUUCUCAAACUCACUGCUCCAAGCCCAAGUGGGCUCUGCAUACAUGCCUGCACCAACACGCUGUAUGCAAGCCCAUGCAUCUAUUUGUCUCACUUUGGCUAUGGCACAUGCCCCAUGGUGGGGUAGAAACUGAAGUACAGGGGAUCCCAGGCGGUGUGAAUUUGAGUAACCUGUCCUUUAUUUUGUUUUUGUUCGUGUAGGUCAUUUCAGAUGUCUCUGUUCACCAUCUUAUUUGCCUCUAUGAAGGUUUAUUCUCUGGGCUCACUGCUCAACAGACCUGUAGUAUUGCUAAAUAUUUAAAUUGUAAUCUAAACUUUUUUUUGUACUUUCAGCCUUAAACAAUACUCGAGUUUUGUCAUGUGUAACACAAGGUGUUCACCUAGUGUUGAAGUGUAUGAAGGAUUGUGCAUGGGGUUGAAGCCUCUAGUGUACACCACAACCCAAUAAAGCGCACAUUGUCUGAA